CCAUGCGGCAACUAGUGUCCUUCGAAUCAGCCCGGCAACCAUCGACUGCAUGCCUCAGUACAGACAAUAAGAAGCUUCUCUACAUCGCAGGCCAUCAGCUCUCAGCUGUUGACUUAGAGCUGUCUUCGAGUGCAACUCGGGCCCUCUCCACGAUACCAUUGCCGAAGCCUCUAGAGGAGAAAUCCCAUGAGUUGAUGAUGAUAACGUUGAGUGACAACCGACGGGUUUGCAUUUGGAAUUCCGGGUGGUGUGUGGUCAAGACUCUCCCUAAGCCCGGAUUCCCAUGUCCUGUUGAGGUCAUGCUGGACGUAGAACUACCGCUAGGCUCUGUGGAGCAGCUCACUGAGUCGACGCUACUAUGUGUUGGGAAAUGCGACCAGGAGACCACCGUACAUGCAUUUGAUGCGGUUAACGGGCAGUUGCUGAGCUCGAACCCUUUCCCUGGUCUACACUCCAUCUCCAGCGUCACUACUCAAUGCAUCAGCAGCACUAGCGCCCCGUCGACUGUGGCCCCUGUGAAGUCUUCUGAUAGCCCUUUGAAGGGAGCCUCCCUCACUGAAGAAGGCUUGGUGGCCUUGUCUGGCAGUCGAAGCGGCGAUGGGCAACCGACUCUAUUCUUGUACUGGAUAUCAGUAGGUCGAAGUAGCAACGGCGGAGUCGAAUUCAAAUCCAAUCGUGUCGGCUCCCUCACAAUUUCAGCUCUGCCCAGUGCCCUCAUUUUCGAGAAGUGCUGUUCAGUGAGCGAACAGAGCCACGAUGAGCAACGCUAUCGAGUGGCAGCUCUUUCAGAGGACGGCAAGAUAAUUAUCUUCCAGUGGCUACUAGAGACAACGACAGAUGAAGUCGCCACUCGGUCGAGCCCUGCCGCAGACUCUCCCACUGUUAAGCAAUCCGCCCGUUGCGAACAGCUGGCAGCGAUCGACAACACACUGACAGGCGUCAAGUUUCAUGUAUGGGAGGGGGAGAAGCUUUUCCUGAGCUCCUCUGAAGGAAUCUUUUAUAUCAGCACGAACACGAGUCCUGAAGACUUCCAUCUCGUCAAGCUGAGCGGCUCCUCCGUCCUGUGUGGGCCCAUCGAUGGAGCUCAGCUUGGUGCUCCUCUCUGGACUGUUGUUCCUCCCAAGGUGUCGGUCUGCAUCUUCGACGACGGCGACGAGGAGGUCCGUAAACCCGGAAGCCGGAAGUCGAAAACUGGCAGUAGGAAAAAGCGGGGGUCUAAGAAGCGGGCAAGCUCGCCCAAGAAGAGGGUAAGCGACGCGUCGACGGCAGUGAAUGCUGGCGAGACUGAGAACCCUGUCAGUGACGACGCACCAGACAACGAAAUUGACAUAACAAAUGAGAAGCGUAUUGGACUGUUGAAACAGUGGGAGGCUCUUGAACUUACAGCGAUGCCAGUGGAUGACUACAACGCCUGGAAGAGGCACCCGAGAAACAUUCGAGGGCUGCAGGCUUUGCAGGACUUCAGCGAAAUCGCUGGAGAGGAAGCCAGCACUAUAGAAGUCCGCAGAAUGGCACGGAGGAUCUUGAGAAUGAUAAAACGGCAAGUGGCGAAGCGGAAAGAGGCCGCUGAAGAGGCAAGCCGUCCCAAGAGAUGCGCAUUAAACCUGGGCAGUCUGCUGGCUUCGCAGGAACAGGGAGAUCUACGUGAAGUGCCGACUGGUCCCGUCAAUCUGGGGACCAAGCCCGAGGAUGAUCUCGUGGUCGGCACGGUUAAGUGCGGCGAUGAGUGUGAUGUACCUCAGGCGGGAGAGGAUCUGGCUGAUGAGCAGCCGGACUACACUCAGCAAUACGACGAUAACGAUGAGGGUGCUGUCACCGACGAUGCGCUGACCUCCACAUGGAAAAAGGUGGAUGACGAGAUCAUUUGGCGGAGGAAACCCGACCAGAAACAAGAAGAGGACGAUUGGAAGUCGAACGAUAAGGACUGGUGGAAGAAGACUGGUAACUGGCGUGGGGACGAUACCGACUCGUGGAAGGAUGAGGAAGAGAAGUGGUGGAGGAAAGAUGGAGGCUCUUCUUACGGCGGUCGGAAUCGGUGGAGACGUGGUGACGAGGGCUAUGGAUGGUGGACCGAUCGAAAACCGAGCUACUCCCCACGUGGGAAAUGGGAUGAUGGAGGGGGACAAUCAACAGGUUGGGGGAGGGGGUCGAAACGGCCUUCGGACGCCGCCGAAGAGGAUAAAUGGGGGAAGCAAGAUGAGUGCUCCGCUGCUGAUGGCGAACAAGCUGCUGUUUUUGUGGCGGAGGAGAUGUGGGAGGGCCCGGACGGCGAUUGGUGGUUUAAAUGUCCGUCCACUGGCGUCUGGAAACGUCAAUCCGGAAAAGGAAACCAUCCUCCACAGAAGAAAUUCCGUCGACGAAGGGAAGUCGAGACCGAUAUUAUCAAUGAAGAUCGUGUUGAGAGGGGCUCCUCUGUUCGAGACAAGACUGCAAGUCAACUGGCAGAGAGUACUCCGCCCAGUGGACCCUCAAAAACGUCCGAAGGGCGACGAUCGAAGAGCCCCAUCCCGACUCCUCCUUCACCAAAGAAGAUUCGACCUCCUUCUGCGGAGUCUAACCUUACUGGGAACGUGAUCGAUUUGGACGAUGAUACGCUCGACGUUCAGCCGUACAUAUUCCCGGAAGAGGAAAUUCUGCCGGACUCCUCCGAUCCUGCUGAGACGUCGGGCGAGCAGCUGGCUUCUCGCGUCAUUGCGGGCGAUCGAUUUGACUGA